GAUGCGACAACAUGCAGCCCCAACCUCCGAGGAGAUCUUCGACAAGGUCGAGAAAGAGCCACAGAAGACAGCUGCAGCAAUGGCAGCACCCAAGGGGAUGAUCAAGAUCAACGAAUCGAAGAUGAGCCCACCAGCACAGAACAGCGAGUGGACGAAGAUCGAAUCGAGCGCUGCGGUCAGCAGCGAGACCAACCGGAAGCCGAAGAGAGGCAGUGCAACGGGAUCAACAACAGGGAUGGAGACCGAGAUCAACCAUCAACGUGUCCAGGAGCUCAAGACACAGAUCGCAAUCCUGGAAAGGCAACUGGCCAUCGAAACACAGGUGCCAGAGACCGAACCCGAGAAGAAGCCCAGUUAUCGAGCAAACUGCCCAGUAUAUCAUGAAUGA